AAGAGGACAGAAAAGGAGAGCACUCUCGCCCCCCCCCUUACCGCAAAUUUGCCAGCCCCCUUGCCCGUUCUCCCACUUCGUGCUCGGUCCAGAGAUUCUUAGGUCCAUGGCGUGGCCGCUUUCAGGUUUCUCCAGGUUUCUCUCUGAUUUAUAGUCGUAAAAUCGUUAGUUUGUCACGUUGCGACAGUACUGAAAUGGAGUCCAGCAAAUCCGAGUCUACCCCGAAACAGGCUAUGGUGUAUAUUUGCGGAGAGUGCCAUCACGAUAACGAGAUUCGUCCGCGAGAUCCAAUUCGAUGCAGAGAAUGCGGAUACAGAAUCAUGUACAAGAAGCGCACAAAGAGACUUGUCGUGUUCGACGCGCGAUGAAGCACACGGGAAACGAGCGACGGACGACGGAAGCAUGUUGUAACGUUAAUUCUGUUCUAAACUCGUAAGAAUAUUUAUUUUUAACAUACGGAUCGCCAGAUAUUAUCAAUAAAACUGUACAUUAUUUCACCGGAAA